GAUUUGUUUUUUAGCCGUUGGAGUUUAGCGGUAAACGUUGAAAUACGAACUACACAAGACUGAUUUUUGGUUAUAAUUAUUUAAACAUUUAAUAUUAUGAAUACUAUUAGUGGGACAUUAAUUUAUUCGAAAAUUAAGGAACUUGUAUCCAGCCUGCCUAACGCUAUUACUCCAGAAGUGAUCGAUAAGCUUUACGAAGAUGAUUCAAUGCAACCAUUUUUAAAAUGGUUUUACUUAAAUAUCAAGCCUGACAAUGUUCUGUCAAAUGAAUGUAUACAAUUGAAAAAACAUAUUAAAAAAAAUGACACUUGGCUUCAAGGAGAGGAAUUAGAUUUGGCGCUUGCAAAUGCCACAAAAGAUUGCCCAGAUUUAUUAAAAUUAAUUAAGUCGGAUUAUUGGAAUAAAAGCCAGUCUUUUACAGAUCUUGGUGCUGAAAAGGAACUAUAUGAUCCGGAUGUUGAAUACCUUCAAUCAAUUGAAGAUAGUAUAAAGAAACUUAAAGAAUGCGAAGAGCAGUUAGAUAAUGAUCUUGAUGAGGAAACCUAUGCUUUGAAAAAAGAAGAAAUCAAAGUAAAAAUGGCUUAUGACGAUUGCAUAUCCGUUCUUGAAGAUUUUGAUUCUUGUCAUCGUCAGUUCUUUAACGACGUUGAACUUUUAACUAACACUUAUACCGAUGCGGCGAGGAAGAAAGGAGAGCCUUGUAUAUGGACACAGAUGCCUAUUGACAAUUAUAUUAAGCAAUUGGAAAGAUACAGCGAUUAUUUAAAUUCAUACGCGAAAAGGCAAUUUUCAAUGUAUCAAAAGGACAGAGACGAACUUAAUACGGAUCGUAGCAGUUUUAUAAAUGAAAAUACUGAAAAUGAAAAAUUAAAUGAAUUAAUAUGCUGUCAAAAUAAUUUAUUUACAUCUAAAAUACAUGAAAUUAUUGCUAAAGUGGAGGACGACGCUAGCAAAAGUUUAUUGAAUUACGUUAUAGAAAUUUACAACGAUGGCAAUUUGAAGGCUCCUAGUACACCGGUUUUGGCAAGAAUAGAGAUAGCAGAGAUAUCGAAAAGUCGCGAUAUAUUAGAAGAAGAUGUUAAUAUUUUGCAAGAACGUCAACUGGUUGAUUUGGUACAACAGUUUGCAAAAGCAAAGGUGAAUAAAGUUUUAGAGGAGGAAGCGAAAGCUAGACUAAAAAGAAGGACAAGCAGGCUUGUAAAAUUAGAAAAGCUUUGUACACUCGCUAAGGAACAUGGAUAUGCAUUUUCGACUAUCUUUUGCAUGCUUUUGGAAUUGCAAAUUCAUCGAAUAAAUGAGAUCAUACAGUUUGUGAUGGAUGCGCGUCAUUAUCUCUCUAUGGAAUAUUCAUUAUCGUCUGUACGGAAUAGUAGCAUGCACAAAUUGCAAAAUGAAUACGAAUCUAAUUUAGCAUCCUAUAAAGAUCAGAAUAUUUUUUGUCAGAAAUUUGUAGAAAUGAUAGCGGAUGAUAAUUUAAAAGACAAUAUGCUGUCGUAUCUGCAUUAUUACAACGAGUUAAGAAACGAUAAUAAUUAUAAAUUAAAAUCCUUGCUAGAUGAUAAAAUAUUGGAAAUGAUUGAAAGUUCAAAAUUAUUAGAAAUAAAGAUAACAGAUCUGAUCGAAGAAGAAAUAAACGACUGUCCGACACUUAGUUUUAGAGCAAUACCUUGUAAUAUACAGAACAAAAUAUACAUUAUUAUGAAACAAGUGGAAGAAUUGGAGACGAAUGUCGAAUCGAUGAGAAAUAAAUUGAAAUCUAUGAUAAAAGAAUCGAGUGUACCAAAUUUUGAACGAGAAAAAUUAUUAAUUUGGCAGAAAUUCUUAGCUGAACCAGAAUCUUUACAAGAGAGAUGCAAGAAAUUAGAAGAAAUGGGAGAUCGCUCUAAUUUUCAAUAGUAAAACUGAUUGGUUAUUAAAGAUCUUUAUUGUACAAAGAAAUAAAUAGAAUAACAAUAUUUUUAUAUUCAAGGUUAUUGUUUUUCAUUUAAAAUGUAUAAUGAAAUUGACUGCUGUAGUCUGAUAUUAUUAC